AUGACUCAAAACUAUACUCACGGUAUAAUCGGAAAGACCGAAUUCAAUAGUCUUUUGUGUGGGCUAAAAGAAAAAUAUCUUCGUGAUCGGAAGAUUGAUGAGAAGAAGACGAAAGAAGAAAACCCUAAUCAUAACGAUCCAAAGGUUAGUACUGCUGCCGGUCCACGGAUUAGGGUUAAACUAUAUAGUACUAACCCGAAAGAGAAGAUGGAAGUCCAUUCAGAAGUGAAAGAGAAGUUGAGUGACUUAUUGAAGGCCAUCGAGGAGAGACUAAGUUCGUCGGAGAUGAGACUCUACACUUCCUUGUGUAAAGGCUUCCAGUCCCAUAGAUUCGGGUAUGACAAAUUCGUUACGUAUCUUCUACAGUUGAUAGAGCAACAUAAGAGUCUCUACCAACGCUUCGUGCGACUUGCCUACGGUGAUAAAGCAAAAGAAAAAGUUGAAGUUGGAGAGACCCGACACGAUCAAGACAGUCUUGGUGGUGAUCCAAAGAUUGGCCCGCAAGAACGAGGGUUGGAUGAGACCAACGUGGAGAGAAAGAAUGAGAAAAGAAUCUUGUCUCCAAAGGAUUCGAACCUCCCUCUGAAGAAAAGGAAAAGGUCUAAUCCUGAACGACGAGUGACACCUAACUAUAGGCUUAUCCCCGAGGAGCUACGGUCACCGGUCUCAGACCCGGUACUGAACAACACGUGUGUUGUGAAGAGAUAUGAUUUCGAGGGAGGUAAGGUGCUAACCGGUACCGAAGAAGAGAUGAUUAAAUGCGAAGAUCAGAUGUACGAGGUGGAUAUGUUGAUGAGUGCUUUGAGAAGUGCAGUGGACAGUGCGGAGAGAGUUAUGAGGGGAGAGAUGAGAGUGGACGAUCUAGGAGUGAAGUUUUACAGAUGCCUUGAAGUGUUAUAUGAUGGAGACAUGUUUGAGAUAGUGAGAGAAGAUCACCAAGGAGCUUUACCUGUGAUCUUAAUAAGGUUGGAACAGAAACUGCGUGAGCUCACGGUUGCUCGAGAAAACUGGAAAAGUGGCUGGAAGAAAACUUUUAAAAGACUUUGUCCAACGCAAAAGGAUUCUGAUGCACAAAAAUAUGAUAAGUGA